CCGGCGAGUCACGUGAGGAAAGAUGGCGGCGGCAGCGCGCGACUGGCGGCUCGCUCCCUCCGCGGCUCUUCUUCUGGUUUGUUUGGCGGGUUCUGCACGAGGCGCCUUCCACAGGCAGCUGUCGGCGAAGUUGAACCCGGGCUACUCCUCGCUGCCUCCUGGUGGUGACCUCCUGCAUGUGAGAGCCGUGGGAGUCAACGACACGCUGCACUACCUGUUCAGCAGCCAGGGGGCGCCGACGCUGCUGCUGCUGCACACGGACUCCGCCUCCUCUGACAUACAGGUGAACUGGACUCAGUUUCUGGCUCGUAACACCAGCGGUGGCCUGUGGGUGGAGCCAGAGAGCAGCCUGCAGUUUAGCUCCGCCCUCGUCUUCAGUCGGUUGCUGGAGUAUGACGACGUGAACGACACGGCGACGCCGACCUCCGACCUCUUCCCACCGUACGACCUGCAGAAUUUCACGUGGUCCCGCCUCAACCUCUCUGGCCCCGCCCCCACUGCCCUCCUGUGCGGGGGCGUCGCCCGGGGCUCGCUGUGCUUGCGGCUGGCCGUGUUUGGGGACGAGGGGCGGGGUCAGCGGUGGCCCCGCCUCCUCCACUCGGCUAACUCCUCCCAGAUGGAGGUGUGGCUAGACGGCGUGGCGCCGCGGUCGCCGCGGUCCCGCUUCCUGCUGGAGCUGCAGACGGUGGGCGGGGCCUAUCUGCCCAGCAGAGUGGACGUCCACCGCUCCAUCGACGACGAGUUCACUCCGUCCAUCUUCCAGGUGUCUCAGUGGGUGUCCUCGGCGGUGGACGGCUCUGCUGUCUUGGGGUUUGUGCAGUGGAAGCCCGUGGCGUACCGGCGGUCUGACCCGGUCCUGGAGGACGCCACGCCGUGCCGCCACUCGGAACCCGUCCCUCAGAGCGGGGCGGCGGCGGCGUCUUCGUCGGCGCUGGUCCGGGCCUUCUUCGCCACGCCGCACGCCGUCGGGCUGAACGUGAGCUUCGGCCUCGCCGGAGAACCGUUCUACAACGGCAGCGGGUUCCUCAGCUGGACGCUGCUGGUGGGCGUCGGCUCCCCGCCCGUCGACGCCUUCUCGCCGCUGGUCGUCGGCAUCAUGGCGGUCAGUCUGGGAACUCCCAUGAUCCUCCUGCUGCUGGGCGGAGUCUGCGUCUGUUUCCGAAAGAGGGACGGGACUAACGCUGGUCAAGCUUAUGAGCCAAUCAACUGACAGCCCAGCCUGAGCCAAUCAGGAACCGGAGAGACGUUGUCCACUGUUUUUAAGUCUCAGUGACAUCAGUGACAUUGCUGUGAUGUCACUGAGAUAUCAGUGAUGUCACAGUGACAUCACAGCCUGCAUCCAAUCAGAGCUUGACUGCUUCUUUUUUACUGAUGAGAUCCUGUUUUAAUGAUUUCAGCUGCUCCCACAAAACCUUUUAAUAAAAGGAAAAUCAGGUCUUCGGGUUUCAUGGAGCGCUCGGGUCGGGUGGGGGGUUGGGGGGGGGUCGGCUCGGCUCGGCUCUUGAGGCCAAGGGCUCCGCCCCCCCCCCCCCCCCCCCCCCGGGUGUCCGGUGCCCUGGGGGUCAGCGCCUGCUGGUCUCGGCUCCUCGUGGCCCCUGCGAGUCCCGGCCGGGGCCUUACUCUGCCCAGGGGGGCUCUGGGCCGGUCCCCAGUUGUCUGGACCCUCUCUGUCCUCUGUUCUGGUUCUGACUGAAGGAUGGUGGAACCUUUGCGCUCUUCCUUCUGUACACUCUGUCUGUUGUUCUCUCUGUCUCUCCCUGUCUCUGUCUCUUCCUGUCUCUUCCUGUCUCUCCCUGUCUCUGUCUCUUCCUGUCUCUUCCUGUCUCUCCCUGUCUCUG